GUGGGAUUUGAUUGAUCAAGAAUUUCUCCUUUUCUCUCCUUCUCGCGAUUCUCAACAUGUCUCAUUCGAAAAGAAACACUUCCUUGGCCUUUUUCACGGCCCACGAGAGGUCCAUGUUGAGGUCCAAUUGGGGUACACAGUCCACGAGGUUGGGCAGGGAAAGUUUUUUACCCUUUGGUCAUUGUAGAUUAUGUUUAAGUUUGGCGAUUGAUCCAGUUACGUGUUCUGGGAUGAAGACGACAAAAACAACGACCGAAGGCGGUGGUGGUACUACCACCGACACGAACAACGGCAUGACAAGAGUACAUUUGUUUUGUCGGGAAUGUGCUUUGAACGAUUUGAUGACCCAGAGAAAAGAAAUCAAACGUUUGGAACGGGAUUUUGAAACGAAAAACCGUGAGAUGGAAGGAGACAGACGCAGGGAAGCGGAGGAAAGAAAAAAAAGAGACCUUGAACGAUUCGAAAGGCAAGAAUUGGAUUCCGGCUAUGAUGAUGUCGACACUUCACUCUCCGGUGGUGUCGGAUCCAAAAGGAAAAGAAUGGCGGAAGAAAUGCAUUCGAACUCGAGCAAGAACAACAACACUACAUCAUCGAUACGUACCGGUGAGAACGAGGCCAAUGGUGGUGGUGACGAAGGUUCAAAGAAAUCAAAACACAACUCAACUUCCUCUGGCGGUGGUGAUGGCGAAAAAUCAUCCGAAUCAAGUUUUUGGAUCCCUGGAUCGGAAUUCAUGUCCAGACAUGAUACGACUGGCCGAAAUAAAACACCGACAAAAUUACACCCCAUAUGUCCAUCGAGUACACCCGAUGAAAAACAUGAGUACUCAUUGAAGUCACUCAUCAACGUCAAUUUUUCUUACACCGACGACGGUGGUGAUGAUGUCGACAACGGUACCGAUGGCGGCGGUCACCAAAAACAACCGAUCUGUCCGAGUUGUAAAAAACACUUGACAAACACAUCAAGGGCGGUGGUCGGUACGGCCCAAAAUUGCGGUCACGUUUUGUGCAAAUCUUGUUCGGAUGUACUGUAUCAAAACAAACCAAACACCACCACGGAGUCGGCAACGGAAGCGACAAAAAUCCUGUGCUACGUAUGUGAAUCGGAUUUGAGUGGGGAGAAGAACCAACCGACCACCACCAAAAAGGACAAGAAGGAAAAGGAAAAGGACAAAAAGGUCACGGUCGGAAGCAUUGUGGAAAUCAGUUCCGAAGGGACAGGUUUCGCAGGUAGCAGUGGCGGGACAAACAUGGCAAAGAGAGAAGGGGUCGCAUUUCAAUGUUGAGAUGAAUUCCACAUUCGACGGAUGAUUUUCACAUUCCUCGGUCCCGUUUACAAGAUGUAAAUGCAAAUUGGUCAUGAUUUCCUGGGUUGCUCCAAACAAAAACAACACUCAUAACGCUAUCUCUAAAGUCACCUAUGUUGGGGGAAGGGGGGAGGGGGUGGUCAUUGUUCCUCCCCAAACAUCAACCUCAGACCUCGUUCGACUAGAGGAGGGAAGAGUCAAGUUUGAAGUUUCAAAGAAUCGUGGUCGCUAACACACACAACGUACAAAACCCGCUCUUUUGCUCAAGCUCAUUCCAAGAACAAACAAAAAAGAAACCAAAGUUGACACUUCUUCUUCUGAUCCUGAAAGUGCCCAGUGGGCUAGUGUCAUUCAUCGAUGGGCCAUUUUACUCAAAGCCCUCUUUCAAACAGUCAACAAGUAACUCAAUAAGAUUCAUUCACGUCAUAACCUUCCUGGACAUGAUCCAAUUGUCGAGAUGGAGGUCUCAUCAUAUCCCCAGGUCCAGUCCCGCUGGUCACCCUCACGAACCCAGUACUAGGCCGUCUAGGCAGACCAGGUAAUUUCGUCGCCGCACUCCCAAAACUGG